AAUUAGUGGUGGUACAAAACUAGAACAAAUAAAAGUUUCCCUCGCAGCAAUUUUGUGUUGCCAUCAAUAUGACAUUGUAUUUUUUUUAAAUGUAACACGACCCCCAUGCGGGUAGCGCGUGAGGAUCCAACUAGUUUCCUAAAAAAUGGGCAAUAAAUGGCUUCCUUGGCUAUUAUGGUUGAUCAUGGAGGUCAUAACAAUAAUUCAACCUCCUCUCCCAACAAAUCCCUGCAACCUGGGUCGGAUCUCUCUCUCUCUCUCUCUCCCCGGCAGGUGAAUGUAAACGCACUGCUUUCGCACCCACCCAGGUCUCCAAAUAUAAGUGUUGCCUUGCGCAUCACAGGAAUGCCAUCAAUAAAUAUUCGUUCACUGUUUCUGUUCUCAGGAGUUCUUCGACUCCUUUUAAUUGUCUAUGGAGAAUGGCAGGACACACAUAUGGAGGUCAGAUACACAGAUGUUGAUUACCUGGUGUUUUCUGAUGCUGCUUCCUUGAUGGCCUCCGGCCAGUCCCCUUACAAAAGAACUACUUAUCGGUACUCACCUCUUAUUGCAUUUCUUCUCAUACCAAAUUCAAUCAUCCAUCGCUCAUGGGGAAAGUUUCUCUUCUCUGUUUCAGAUUUACUUGUAGGGCUAUUUAUCCGCAACAUUCUGAAGCUAAGAGGGGUGCCUGAGAAUCUAUCCACCCUUUCUGUAAUGAUAUGGCUCUUCAAUCCAUUUACCUUCACUAUUGGAACCCGUGGGAACUGCGAGCCCAUUGUUUGUGCCAUGGUUUUAUGGAUCAUUAUCUGUCUUAUGAAUGGUAAUUUGUUACAAGCUGCAUUGUGGUAUGGGCUUGUUGUCCAUUUAAGAAUCUAUCCUAUAAUAUAUGCGCUUCCCAUCAUCUUAGUUCUUGAUCCUCUCCACUUCCGGUCUCAUAAGAAGCCUGCUCUUACAGAAUGGAGUUCUAGUAACAGAAAGUCAGCCCAAAAUUUCAGCGUCAAGGAAGUUACUGUUAUAUACCGUUUUUGGGUUGCUUUGACUAGCAUGCUGACACGGGAGAGACUUAUGUUUGGGCUAGUCUCUGGGUCUGUCUUCGUCAUUUGUACUGGAAUAUUUUUCUAUCUAUAUCGCUGGGAGUUCUUGCAUGAGGCACUGCUGUACCAUCUGACUCGUACUGACCCAAGACACAAUUUCUCAAUAUAUUUUUACCACAUCUAUCUUCAUUAUGAACAUGAGUUUUCAGUUUUGGAAAAGCUCAUCUCUUUUCUGCCUCAAUUUAUAGUACAGCUAGCUCUCGUUCUCCGCUUUGCACAGGAUUUACCUUUCUGUUUCUUCGUACAGACCGUAGCAUUUGUAGCAUUCAAUAAGGUCAUUACAGCACAGUACUUUGUGUGGUUCUUCUGCCUCUUGCCUCUGAUAUUGCCAUGGAGCAAUAUGAAACUUAAAUGGGAAGGUUUAUCAUCCAUUUUCAUAUGGAUGGGAGCUCAAACGCAUUGGUUAAUGUGGGGUUAUCUUCUUGAAUUCAAAGGCAAGAAUGUCUUCCGACAGCUCUGGGCCGCAAGCUUAGUAUUCUUGGCUGCUAAUACUUUCAUCCUGAUCAGAAUAGUCCUGCGCCACAGAUUCUCUCCAUUGUUCAAGCAGUUAGGGCAUACUAGUGCGAAGAGACCAAUGAAGCACGAGUGAGAGUAUGGGCUCCCCAAUCACAGGUUUCACUCCUCCAUUCUUGUGUGAUUUUUGGCACCUAAAAUCAAUUGAAUAUGGUUUUCACGAGUUCGGUUGUAUGGAUUUCUUGGGUGAAGAGAAGUUACACUCCAUGUUAUGAAUAUCAGGGUCCUGGCCCGUGCCCCUUUGAGAUCCUAUCUGAAGAACACUAAUAUCUUGCCAUGUCAGCUCGAGUUUUGGAGUUGUAUUCUCUUGGAUAUCCUUCGGUGUGACAAGCUUUGAAAUUUUAUUUUUGGAUCGGAUGACUCUGACUCGUACCGUGCCAUUGGUGCUCGUUCGUUUUCCACUAUUUUGUGAGCUGAAAUUCUUAAUUUUGCUGGUUGAAAAAACUCUUAUUAUGCAGAGAUUUUCUUUCCCAUUCUUCCAAAGUUGUUUGCAAGCUUGAGUUCCAAUCUACUUGUGGGUCCUCCACAAUUUCAGAACUUUGAUUUAUUUUCAUAAUAUUUUAUUAUUAAUUUUCCAUUAUUCUUCUAAAGUGAUUUUGACAAUUUUUAA